AUGCAGAACGAACAGUUAAACGAAUUUACUCCAGCAGAGCAUAUUCAUCAGAUUCGCUCAUAUUUCGAUAUCAUAGACAAUGCAGUUCAAAUUGGUGACACUAAUAGAAAAUAUUCUGACGCAAAGAUUCCAUCACAACCUGGAACUGCUAAAGAUAACACAUGGGUAACAUUCAAUCUCUCACCUCCUGGUGAAAAUAUGUUGGACCUUUACAAUACAUUCAUUACGUAUAAAAUGGAAGGUCAAUUUAUUGCAGAUAAAGAAAUUGGUUCAGGUUCCAAUAAAACAAACCCACCAGGAUUUUGGAUUGGUUUCGAUGACGCUUUCUAUGCAGUUGCUGGAUAUCAA